AUGUCGUACCGCGAGUGGGACCAGCACGAUUACCGAGGCACGGUUAGACGUCGGGAAGACCAAGAUGACUCCUGGGACAACAAGAAACGGCGUCGCUACGAUGACAGCGACAACUAUGAUGAACGUGGAUACAGAGACACUUCUAGACAAGAUGAUGGCUACAAUCAGCACCAGAGCUCUCAUAGCGGACGCUCGCGGGCAGACGACGACUGGAGAACCCGCCCAGAUCCCAUGGAAGAAGACACGUACGACUACCAGCCAAAGCAAUACUCCAAAGGCAAAAAGAUGAUCGCGAGCGAGGCUAGCCAGCACGUUAUCUUUCUUGGCCUUGACCCAGACUUUAUGGAAUCCGACCUCGUACUCUACCUGCAGUCUCUCGACCUCAAACUUGAAGGCGUGACAAUCAUCCGCGACCGAGUUACAGGCAUUUCCACCUUCUCAGUGGGCCGCUGCAUCGCAUUGACAUACAUUCAAGAGGCACAAAAAUUUGUCGAGCCAAAUUUCCCAUUUGUAAACCUCCCUCCCCCGCAGUCGCAUGGUGCUUCUGCCGCGAUUGCGUACAAUGAUGGCACGGGCGCACACUUGGGUCGUCGAGUCAAGAUUGACUACUCCCAGAGUGCUCAGGGCUCGGGUACCCGUCCUGGUGCCCGAAGCGGAAACGACGGCACAAGGGAUAUCGGUAAUUCUGCUUGCUGCGUCGUUCUCCUUCGAGGCUUGGAUCCAAUGGCCACGCUCGAGCCGAUCGCAGAGGCUCUCAAGGCAUCCUCAGGAGCGAUUGGCCAAGGAGCACAGGGAAUGAAGCGAAUUGUACUUGUGCGUGACCGGUAUACUGCGAUGGGAAUCGGAGUCGCUUUUGUGGAAUUUAUUGAUGUGGAAUCUGCCAGCCAGCUUUUGGCUGCAACAAUGUCUAGGGAGCUUCAUCCAGAAGGAUUUAGAGUCCUGGAUCGUCCCGUUUCAACUUCUUUUGCCAAUCCUGCGUCAUUCCAACCUCUGGCUCCCCACAGCCUUCGCGAUGAAGGGUGUGUCAUGGGCUCUACGUCUCUCGGAGGUACAGAAGGCGUAUUUGCGAAAUACUGGGACGAAUCAACCGUCGUACUUGAAAUGGCCUUUGAGGUAUCGGAAACGGCAGCGAAAAAGGAAGCGACGAACGCACCAGAAAAGAAGAAGAAGAAAAAGAACAAGGAAGAGGAUGCGUUGGUUUCGGUUGAUAUCAAUGAGUUUAUGACUUCAGCAAUCAAGCCAGAGGCAAAGCUUUCCAAGACCGCUACUCCAAGUACAGCCUUUACUGCUGUCGAUCCAGACGAACCAGAAUCAAUUCCAGACAACAAGCCUUUGGACAAGGCUAUGACAUUCCGCAAGGUUGCGCCCCUUAUCGCCAGCAAGAAGGUUGCGACAUCGAUUACCAAGUGGAACGAGGUCUCGCACGAGUUGCGUUCGGGCCCAAAUACUAGUCAACAACCUGCGAUGGUGAUCAUUUCUCCCGAGAGAAUCGAAGCUGCACCUACACCUACGACUACUGCAUCGAGUCUACGCACAAGCAGUGGCCCUGUCAAGGUCGCACCAGUCGAAAAAGGACCAGUAGAUGAUGCGGAUCUCGAGUUUUGCAUCUUGGAGUCUAUGACCUGCUAUCUGUGUUCAAGGCAGCUCAAGUCGCAAGAUCAACUCAAACGACAUAAGAACCUGGCAAACGAAACACUUCAGCAGACAGCACGCGAAAAGGUGGCGAAGGCGAAAGCCAAGGCGAGUGGUAGUACAGAAACAAAGCCAGUCUACAGAGACCGUGCGUCUGAACGACGCAUUAUCCAUGGACAGCCAGAUAUCCCACUCCCGGAGCCCGUCACAAACUCUUCCAGCAGCAGCGGUAACCACGGAUCAGGCCACAAUAGCGGGAAAAAGAGUCGAGAUAUUCCACCACCUCGCAUUCCGACUCCGCCUCCGAUUGAACCUGCCAAGGACGAGAAUAAUAUUGGGAACAAGUUGUUGAAGAAGAUGGGAUGGUCGCAGGGCACGGGGCUCGGAUUGAGUGGUGAAGGUCGCGUUGAUCCAAUCCAAACAGCAAUGUAUGCCUCGGGUGCAGGUCUUGGUGCCAGCAAGGGCAAGGAUAUUACAAAAGUUGCUGGUAUGGACUAUGCUGGACUUGCAAAAGAAUCGCAAUGA